UAAUCGGUACUCUAGAGUACUGGAGAAUAGUGAGGGUGAAGCAUUCAUAACCAAGAUCAAACAGUUUUCGUGUGGUCAUAACAAACUGUGUAACAAAAUUGACCUUUUCGAUUGACCUAAAGGUGGUUUCAAUAAUGCCAAUUUUUAGUGCAUUGCUUCAAAAUGAAAUUGCUUUGCCGGCAUUCAAGAAACUGUUGUAAAUCAGCCCAAAUAUAAAGCCCGCCAAAGAGUUGCCAUCAACUUUGGGGGCUUUGGAAAAUGUGGUGCUGCUUCUCCUUUGCCCACUGUCCAGAACAUCUGCAGUUAUCAUCUUAGAGAAUCCACUUUCAUGACAAGUAACAAUUCUAUCCAGAAAAGGUUUUUUUUUCUGUUCCGGCAAAGAAUUGUUGUACAUACUUCAUAAAGACGGUUUUUUUUUGUUUUAAAUGCAUGAGGAACCCAACUUUAGAGCUUUUUCACCUUUCUGAUUUGCUUAAAGUGGUCAGAGAUGAUCAAUUUGCUAACUGAAAGAUUCUCUGCAAGUUCUCGAACAGAUGCUCUGGGAUUUUCUAAGACCAAAGCUCGCAGAACAUCACCACCUAGGGAAGAAUUCCUUCCACAACCUUCCUUGUCUUCAUGCCUAAAGUUUCCUUCUCAAAAGUUUUUUAAACCAUCUCCAAACAGUGUUCCAGACUUCAUUAAUGUGUCUGGCCAUUUGGGCAUCGUUCUGACCGAGUUUAAACUCGUAAAACAAAAUCACGCGUUGACAUAUUAGUCUGAACUGAAUUAUUCCCAUAACGAAAUGCUUUUGAGACAUUCAGCCAAUGCCAUUUUGUUGGUGACUGCGCCAAGAAAACCCGAGCCAGCCAACCCAGCACCCCCGGAAUGACCCAGACUCCUCACCUCUUAAUUAAUCAAUUGGGGAAACCUUGAGCGUGGAAAUUGCCGCUUGAGGAAUGGCGGGGCAUCCUCUGGAACUCGAGUUCUGCCCAUCCAUCAGUCCUGGCCUGGACAUAAUCGCGAACGGUCUUCGACUUUCCUUUACUAACUCGCGUCUGGUUGAAGCGUCCCGUUGAAGUGCGUCGUGUGUAACAAUGCUCGCCAAAAAAUUUCACGUCUUGCAAAGAAGAUUACCGGUGACAGCUGAAGCUGUUGUUUGCGUAUGUAAGCCGCGUUCAAAACAGACGUUGGCCGUAGCGACGGGUGACGUUUUAUACAAUCCUACCAGACGGACGAGAGAUUAUUCAGAAGUUCCAGGCCCAAAUCCCAUACCACUACUCGGAAACACUUGGAGAUUCAUUCCAUUCAUUGGCAAUUACCAGAUAAGCAAGUUGCACAAGGUGACCAAAAAGCUGCACACGACUUAUGGUGACAUUGUCAAAAUAUCAAAUCUUCUCGGCAGGCCUGACAUGGUGUUCCUGUUUGACCCGGCUGAAAUUGAGAAAGUGUUCAGAUCAGAGGAUACCCUCCCAUUCCGGCCAUCCAUGCCCUCGUUGAUCUAUUAUAAAAAUGUGCUCAGGAAAGAUUUCUUCAGUGAUAUCGGCGGACUGAUAGCAACACAUGGUGAAAAAUGGAAUAUUUUUAGAUCUAAGGUACAACAGCAAAUGCUGCAACCAAGAAUUGCUAAGUUGUAUAUAGGACAAAUAGAAGAAACUGCAGAUGAAUUUGUACAAAGAAUAAUUGAAAUAAAAGAUGAGAACGACACUGUGCCAGCAGAUUUUUUGAACGAAAUUCACAAAUGGGCUUUAGAAUCUAUAGCGAAAGUGGCGCUUGAUGUCAAAUUAGGAUGCCUUAAGGACAUACCCGAAGAUACCCAAAAGCUCAUACAUGCUUUAGAUACAUUCUUAAAGAAUGUAGUCAUUCUCGAACUCAAAGUACCGUUCUGGAAAAUUUUCUCAACACCGACUUGGAAAGAAUAUAUAAAUGCUUUAGACACAAUAACAAUUGUUGUAUUAAAACACAUAAACAAUGCGUUAAAGCAGCUGGACGGUGAAUCAGUUGAACUGAAAAGUGAUGCUUCUUUGUUAAAAAGGGUUUUAGCACAAAAUGGAAACAAUACGAAAUUAGCGACAAUUCUUGCACUCGAUUUAUUCCUCGUCGGGGUUGACACUACUUCUGCUUCAAUCGCUUCAAUUUUGUAUCAGUUAAGCCUAAAUAAAGACAAACAAAAUAUUCUGUAUGAAGAACUAUCAAGUGUGUUAGAAGACAAUAGAAUUACAUCUGAGUCCUACGAUAAAAUGCCAUAUCUCAGAGCAUGCAUAAGAGAGACGUUAAGAAUGUAUCCUGUUGUAAUUGGAAAUGGACGUUGCCUCACAAAAGACACAGAAAUUUUAGGAUACAAUAUACCAAAAGGGACCCAAGUAGUGUUUCAACAUUAUGUAAUUUGUAAUUCUGAAAGGUAUUUUGAUUCUCCUGAAAAAUUUGAACCGGAGAGAUGGUUAAAAGAAAGCAAUAAAAAUUAUCAUCCGUUUGCUUCGUUGCCAUUUGGAUUUGGCAAACGAAUGUGCAUUGGAAGGCGUUAUGCUGAUUUAGAAAUGCAAACUCUCAUUGCUAAGAUAAUCAAAAAGUUCGAAGUUGAGUACCACGGCCCUAAACUUGAUUAUUAUGUCCAUCCGAUGUUUAUGCCAAAUGGGCCUUUAACAUUCACUUUUAAAGAGAGACAUUAAAAAUUGUAAAAUAAUGAUUAUUUUACAAAUCUCAUUGAACAUUUUUAUUCUGAGAUCGUUUCAUUGCGCAGUAUUUCAUAUAAAUAUUAUGUACAAAUAUAAAAUAAAUUUGUUAUUAAUGUGUGA